GCUCUGGGAGCACAGAGAGCUUAGUGUGUGUAUGUGUGUGUGAGAGUUGUUGGCUUCCUGCUGCUGCUCGGUGUCCGCACACCGUCCGUCUCGUUAGUGUUGAUCGGCUCACCAUGGCGGAAGGACGCAGAGAACAGUCGCCUCAUCCUCUUCUUUCGGUACCACCGGCCAGCAAGCGACCCUGCCUUCGCCCAGCACCCCGAGGUCCCGGGCCGGGGCCCGGCCACGGCAGCGGGUUGCCCAGCUCCCGGUAUCGUUCUCCCGAGUCUCUUCUGGACUGCGCUGCUAAAGCAGUAGCGGAAAAGUGGGCCUUCGAGAGAGUAGAGGAGCGCUUCGAACGGAUCCCGGAGCCCGUCCAGCGCCGCAUCGUCUACUGGUCUUUCCCCCGCAACGAAAAGGAGAUAUGCAUGUACUCGUCGUUUCAGUGCCGAGUCGCCGGGGAGGAAGGUCCGUCGGCGACUCCCGGUGGGGCUGGGGGUGCUGGUUCCGGAGCUACAACCGCCGGUGGCGGUGGAGGAUCUGCCGCCGGUACAACAGCUACCGUUGGGGCAGCCGGGGCAGUGGGGACGGGAGACGGACUGCCUUUCCGUCGGGGUAUCAGACUGCUAGAAACCGGUUGUGUGGAAAACGUUUUACAAGUCGGAUUUCACCUCAGCGGCACAGUGACCGAACCCGCCACAUCGUCUGAGCCGGAGGUCACCCACAAGGUAGCCAUCAGCUUCGACCGGUGCAAGAUCACCUCUGUCACCUGCGGCUGUGGGAACCGAGACAUAUUCUACUGCGCGCAUGUCGUGGCGCUCUCACUAUAUCGGAUUCGCAAGCCCGAACAGGUGAAGCUACGGCUGCCUAUCUCAGAGACUUUGUUCCAGAUGAACAGAGAUCAACUACAGAAGCUGGUACAGUAUCUGAUCACAGCCCACCACACCGAGGUGCUGCCCACUGCUCAGAAACUGGCCGAUGAGAUUCUCUCUUCCAACUCUGAGAUCAACCAGGUCCAUGGUGCCCCGGACCCAACUGCAGGCGCCAGCAUUGAUGAUGAUAACUGCUGGCAUCUGGAUGAAGAUCAAGUCAGGGAGCAAGUCAAGCAGUUUCUGUCGCAGGGAGGUUACUACGGCUCUGGGAAACAGCUCAACUCCAUGUUCGCUAAGGUGCGAGAGAUGCUGCGAAUGCGGGACUCCAACGGUGCCCGAAUGCUAACGCUCAUAACGGAACAAUUCAUGGCAGACCCCCGACUGUCACUAUGGAGACAACAAGGCACAGGCAUGACGGACAAGUGCAGGCAGCUUUGGGAUGAGCUGGGUGCAUUGUGGGUGUGUGUGGUGCUAAAUCCUCACUGUAAAAGCGAGGAGAAGAGUGGUUGGUUGAAGCAGCUGAAGAAGUGGGGGGACAUGGACAUCUGCCCACUGGAGGACGGCAACUAUGGCAGCGAACUUCCCAACAUUACCAACGCUCUGCCGCAGAGCAACCUCGCCCAGGACUCUCUGUCCAGGCCGCGGAGGACUGUGUUCAGUCGGGCUGUCGAGGCCUGCGACCUCCACUGGCAGGACAGCCACCUGCAGAGGAUCAUUAGUAGCGACUACUACAUGUCUCCGUCCUACCAAAGAGAAGGGGAGAGCCUGCUGUUCAGCCCGCAGGGCCUGCCACUCUGGCUAGACCACGUCCCAACGGCAUGUGCUCGCGUCGACGCCUUGCGCUCACACGGUUAUUCCAGAGAAGCCCUGCGAUUGGCCGUCGCCAUCAUCAACACCCUCCGCCUACAACAGCAGAGGCAGAUGGACAUCUACAAACACCAAAAGAAAGAACUUCUCCAGAGGGGUGUUACCUCCACGACUAACCUGGAAGGCUGGGUGGGCCAUCCGUUAGACCCGAUUGGCUGCCUGUUUAUCACGCUCACAGAAACGUGCCGUGUUGAUGACGACAACACCAUGGACACUGGAGACUGUGACCCCAGACCUCCAGUUUACCAUCAUGUGCCAGUGUGGGGCAGUCCAGAUGCAGGGGAGUCCUACUUGACUCUGGCCUUAGAGGUGGCUCUGAUGGGUAUGGGUCAGCAAAGGAUCAUGCCUGAGGGACUGUAUGCCCAGGAUAAGGUGUGUCGUAAUGAGGAGCAGAUUGUUGCAAAGCUUCAGGAACUGGAGCUGGACGAUCUAUUGGUUCAGACCCUCCGGAAGCAGACCAUACAGCUACUAGAAGCUGGCCCAUUCAGCGGUCUGGGUGAGGUCAUCCACAGGGAAAGUGUUCCAAUGCACACCUUCGCCAAGUACCUGUUCUCUGCCCUCCUGCCGCAUGACGCAGACCUGGCUUAUAAAGUGGCUCUCCGCGCCAUGAGGUUGCCGGUUCUGGAGUCAUCGGCGGGCUCUGGGGAUGUCGGCCACCCUCAUCACGGUAUCUCCAUAGUUCCGAGCAGAUACCCACGCUGGUUCACACUGGGCCACCUGGAGUCACAGCAGUGUGAGCUGGCUUCAACCAUGCUCACUGCUGCUAAAGGCGACAUGUUGAGAUUGCGGACGGUGCUGGAGGCCAUCCAGAAAAACAUCCACUCCUCUUCCUUAAUCUUCAAACUGGCCCAAGACGCCUUUAAGAUAGCGACACCCGCAGAGAGCCCACCCGAUAUAACCCUGCUCAACGUGGCGCUGGAGCUAGGACUGCAGGUGAUGAGGAUGACUCUGUCCACUCUGAACUGGAGGAGGAGAGAGAUGGUUCGCUGGCUGGUAACCUGCGCCACUGAAGUCGGUCUGCGGGCGCUGGUGAGCAUCCUACAAAGCUGGUAUACUCUGUUCACGCCCACCGAAGCCACCAGCAUUGUGGCGGCCACCGUCAUGUCCCAUAACACCAUCCUGCGCCUCAGCCUCGACUACCCCCAGCGGGAGGAGCUUGCAAGCUGCGCAAGGACCUUGGCCCUGCAGUGUGCCAUGAAGGACCCACAGAACUGCGCCCUGUCAGCUCUGACGCUCUGCGAGAAGGACCACAUAGCCUUCGAGACGGCCUACCAGAUCGUGAUCGACGCGGCGUCGACGGGCAUGACCUACUCGCAGCUGUUUACCAUUGCGAGGUACAUGGAGCACAGAGGAUACCCCCUGCGGUCGUUCAAGCUGGCCUCGCUGGCCAUGACACAUCUCAACCUGGCGUACAACCAAGACACUCACCCAGCUAUUAACGACGUGCUGUGGGCCUGUGCGCUCAGCCACUCACUGGGGAAGAAUGAGCUUGCGGCUAUUAUUCCGCUGGUGGUGAAGAGCGUGCACUGCGCCACAGUGUUGUCUGACAUUCUACGGCGGUGCACUAUGACUGCGCCGGGUCUCGCUGGAAUUCCUGGGAGAAGGAACUCUGGGAAGCUGAUGUCCACGGAUAAGGCACCGCUGCGCCAGCUCCUGGACGCCACGAUCUCGGCGUAUAUCAACACCACGCACUCUCGGCUGACGCACAUCAGUCCACGGCACUAUGGAGAGUUCAUAGAGUUCCUGAGCAAAGCGCGGGAGACUUUUCUGCUGGCACAGGACGGACACAUUCAGUUUGCCCAGUUCAUAGACAACCUGAAACAGAUCUACAAGGGCAAGAAGAAACUGAUGAUGUUGGUCAGGGAGCGCUUCGGCUGACCUUACUGACCUUCUCUCACAGAGACCCUCUUCUUGGGGGAAGCAGUUACACUUCUGUGUUUCUAAUUUAAGUUUUAUUUCUUUUUAUUUUCACGUAUUUUGAGCCAUUUGCUGACUGAGGUUUUAUCCCGUUGUUCUCUUUCUUGAAUGUGAACCAGGAAGUGUUCGCAGUACAUUGCUCUACUUCAUUAAGACUGCAAAAGGGGGGGAAAGGUUUGAAAAACUAGAAAAACAAAGCAUUUUGCCCUCCUACUAAUGUUAAAUUUAGUGUUUAAAAAAAGGAAAAAAAGUCAAAAGAAUGUGACUGCAAAAGCAAAACAAACUUUAGUUUUGUGGGGGUACAUGAUGAUAUGAAAACCAAAUGAUUUAGCUGUAUGUACUGUUGAGCCAGAAGAUGCUUUCAGCUGGGGUUAAGAAGAAGGAGAGGUUUUCAGAGUGGAAGAAGCAUGUUAUUCCCAAAAAAAAUCCACUGAGGUCAAAAACACACAUAGUGUUAUUGUCAUACCUCGACUGUACUGUCAGCUUUAACUUCUUGAUCAGAAAUGGCCUCUUUGUUUCAUUCAGGGCAUUUUAGAGUAGAGAGGGCAGAAUACAGAACUCCCCAUGUGUCUCUCUGCGGGGGAAGUCAGUACCUGCAGAUUUAAAAACCUUCACCUGCUGGUUUCUGACAAAUAUCUAAAAUAGGAAGUCCAACGAUGCUUCACAGAGUGUGUGUUUUUAAAUCCAGACGUCUGACAGUGACGUUCAGGCUGCUGCUUUAGCUAAGGUAGGGUAGUCGAGUCUCUAUAUAUAAAUACAGUAUAUCUGUUAUGCCCUCCUAUAAGCUUAUUUACAGUGACAAAAUACAACUGUGAGAACCGGUGGAGUCUCAUCCACUGCACUGCUCUUCAGCUAUUUGUGGCCAAAACCUUUUAAACGUGCAAGACUCCAGCACCCACUUUACCAUCACUACAUUGAGAUUUAGUCAGCAAGCAAUAUAAAUCAAGCCUCUGCUUCGUUUUUAUCACUAAAAACAAGUUCACUUUCUGGUGUUGUGCAAAGAAGCGUUGGAACCUGUUGGGGCCUUGUUGAUUUCACUGACUGUUAGUUCUGCAUGUCGCCGAAGUCCCUUUUCCAUCACAAGAACUGGAAAUCAGAUGCAUUACCUCAAAGGAAUGCAUCCUCAGCUGGUUCAUGAUGCUGGCUCAGUAAUCCUUAAAACCGCAGAAUGAAGUUUGAGUUCUGUGGUCAUGUGUCUUAACCAACAUUAAGUGCAUUUCUUGUAGAUGUCACCAUGCUAGUUUUGCUAAGUUGGGCUUAGACACAUCUGCAAAUGUUUCCUUUGGCAUCAUGUCUCAUUGUGAAAUUUGGCUUAGCAAUUGGUUUUUAACUGCGAUCAUUUCAGCUCACUAUUUGAAUGGUUUAGUCACCAGAACCACCUGUUUAGGUUUAGAUGAACAUCGUGGUCUGGGUUCAGAUACCUCCACUAACAACACAUUCCACUUUGAAACAAAGUACUAAAGGCAGAGAUGCCAAAGGUUCGAUACAGAACAUACUGGGAGUAAGAGCGUGUAGUGACAUGUUGUAGUAAGAAAACGUCUCACAUUAUUCAUUAAUUAACAUACAGUUUAAUUUAUGCAUACAGUAAAUGUGACAUGCCUGCAAUGACUAUGUCUACACAGAGCCGCCACAGUGUCACUUUAUCAGAAACUAGCAGUGUUAUUUAUGACAAAUUUGAAAGGGACUUUAAAUGGGGUUUGAAAAAAUAAUGAAAAUUUAAUACAAUUUAGCCAAGUGGGUGGGAGGAUCCAUCUAUCCAUCCAUCCAUGCAGUUUCAUAACAACUUGUCCACUUCAGGUUUGCCGGGUUGCUUGAGCAUAUCCCUGCUGUCAUGAGUGAUAGAUGGGGCACAACCUGGACAGGUCGCACUCAAAUUCACACUAACUGCUAUUUCAGGAUGACCAAUUAAUGUCUUUGGACUGUGGGAGGAAGCCACACCACCCAGAGAGAACCCAGGCAACAGAGAAAGCAUAUAAUGUGCUAAUGUCAGUGUGCUGUUAGCUUAUUAUUGCUGCUUGAUGAUAAAGAGAUUUCAAUAAUUGUAUAAAAUUUUAUGAUUAUAUAUAAUAAUUUAACCAGAUGUGACCCUCUUUGGAUGAGAGCAGGAAGUUGCUUAUGCUAGCACUGGCUAGCUAGCUUGGUUUAGCGGCAUGCAUUCAUUAAAAUGAAAACAAAAUCUACUCCCCAGAAUCUUUUAGUCCAAGCAAAAUUAGACAUAAAUGUAAAAUGUUAAAUAUCAGGUGAGCAGCAGUAAAUAAACUAGCCCCGUCAUCUUUCCUUCAGUUUCUCGGUCUUGUGAUGGAAAAGACGCAAAGUCACCUGUGAAAGCUGCUGGUCAUGAUCAUCAUCGACAGUGAAGAUGAGUCCUCCUUGACUUUCUCACAGGGCCGCAGUGCAAACUCAAAGACUAGAGUUUACUUGAUGACUUCAUUGUAUGUAUUUGAGACCACAUAUCUUGGCACAGGAAGCCGUUUUCUCUUUAUGGGGGAUCUCCACACCCCCUUUUUCUUACCCAGUGGCAAAGUGUUGUUGUUACCAGCAGUAAUGCAGUACAGAAAGAGCUUGAAUCUUUUACUGGUCAGACUUAAUGUCAUCGUUUAAAGCACUUCACACGAAUACCUCUUCAGUGCGUUCCUGCCUGCUUCAGCAUUUAUUUAUUGGUAGAACACUUUUUGAAUGGAGGAACAUUUUCCUGUCUGCUUUUACAUUCCACAAGAGCUACCUUCACCCAAAACCUGGGUAGUCAGUCACAACUCUGGGCCUUUACUUUCUUUCUCUCUGUCUUUUUUUGUUUUGUUUUUGUUUUUUUGGAUCUGAAGAAAUGCAGAUAGAAGAAUGGGAAUGAAAAAAGGAAAACUGAGCAAAAAGAAGAGAGGCUAAACUCAGUUCUCAGGGACACCACUUAAAGAAACAAAACAAAAAGUAGUAGCAUUUAGCAUUUAAGAUAUUGUAAAUACUAAAGUGUCAAUUCAAAAAAUUGUAAAGUUAUAAUUAUUUAUGAUGUAUGUUAUGGUUUUGUUCUUUGUUUUUAUGAUUUUGAUGGGGUGUACUUGAAUUGUUUUGGACAGGGGUGUUUGACAGCUUUUUUUUUCUUCCUUUUUUUUUUGUAAGAGCAAAGACUUCAAGGCAUUUCUCAGGUGCUCCUGUGUACAUUUCUUUCAGUUUUUGUUUUUUGGAUUUUUUUUUCUUUUCUUUUUUUUGCAAUAAUAGCUAUUAUUAUUUGUAUUUUAUAGAAGAUGGGGGAUGGGGGGUGUUUUCCAAAAGUGAGCAUGUUAUUUGAAGUUGAGUAAAAUGAGGAAGGCAUUCAUUUGUAAACGGAUUCUUACUAAACCUGACUAUGCAGAACCACUUCAAUGGUGUUGUCCCCUCUUUAAUAUGCCCCCUUAAAACUGAGUGCAGAGACCCAGUGGGUUGAACCACUAUUAAUGAGGACGGGGGUGUUGCGGACGAAAAGGAGACCCAUCACGCUUGUAUUCGGACAGUGCACAGUGGCCGGCCUGUUUCCGCUGCAACGUUUAGAGGAGACGAAAAAGCGAAAGACGGUGGAAAAUGCCUUUCUGGUCGAUCAAUGUACAAAAGUUGUUAAUUUUUUAUUUGUUUUGUUUGUUUGUUGGUUUUCUUUAAUCAGGACUAAAGCCUUCAGUGUCUUCUCAGAGGUGUCGCAUUGUGCGGCAACACUGUGGUGAGACGAAACGAUACGCAAAUGUCUAGAAACGGCAACUGUAUGAACAAAAAAAAGAGACGGCUUGUGGAUGACCUCGUGCUCAUUCCUUCUAACUUUUUAAAAAAAAUGCUUUCUCAGUUCCUCUUCACCUCAUUAAACUGGCUGAGUUCAGGUCUUCUAUAGUUUUGUUUUCCCCUGAUGUUCUUGAACACCUCGAUCCCUCUCGCACAAGGAGGACGUUGGAUUUAAAGCCAGUUGCGUUUAAGUGCGACUAUCCUGAAACACGUUGACAUCAGUGCGCUACAGUAGCUUUCAGAAAACGAAAUAAAGCUGCGAGGUUUCUACAUAAUGAGCAUAAUGAAAUGAUACAUUGAUUUUUUUAUUUUUUUUAUUUUUUGAUAAUAUAUUAGGAAAAUAAUUUUGCCGGGGAGCUCCAGUCGGCUGCCUUUAUGUGAUGCAUUCACUGACAGCAUUGCAGCAAAGUUUUCCUUGCUUUUCUUUUCCUUCUUUAUUAACUAACUCAGCCAGUUCCUGGGCGUUUUUCUUUGUUGUCCCCGUCUGUCUUUGGUUUGUAGGAGAAGUACUGUUUGCUGGUAGAGAUCUAGUUCACCUACUGUUUUCCCAGUUUUUGUUUUUGAAUUCUUUCCAACUUUAAGGGAUAUUUGAAAGUGUUUGUUGCCUCUUUGUGCUACUGAUUAUGAAAAGGUAUCUCCAGUAUUUGUUGCCACAGAAGUAUCAUAGCUUAUCAUCAACACCUUUUCUUUUUUUGUAAUUUUUUUUUUGUGCGACUUCUUGAGCUACUGUCUAUAAAGCGAGAAUUUAUUACUAUUUAUGUAACGCUACUACCAUUUUAUAUUGAUUUGUGUUGGAAUCUCAGUGCUUUUCUAUGAAUAAAGUGUGAAACACAUUACCAG